AAUUUGUGGCAACUUCAGUUGUUGUGAUUGGCAAUGUCAAUUGCUCGAUAUUUGCAAUAUCAACAUUAGUUAAUUACACCGCCAAAUAAUUAAUGAGCUACCCUACUUUCAUAAUGUAUUUGUUGUAGACAUUGUCUAAAAUGUAGUGUACAGUGAUUAAAGUGGUGUUUUUUAAGUUAAAGGUUAAGUUUAUUCUAAUUGUUACAUUAAAUUUAAAUAAUGUCAACAAAUACGAGCACCCAAACUGGACUGAAUCUAACACCAACCAACAAUGAAUCUCUCACACAACCCGGAACACCCUUAUCUAAUAAGGGCCCUACGGCAUCAGCGAAAUCGGAUGAAAAAAGAACCAAAGCCCUUCUAAACAUCUUGCCCAAAUUGCCCUCAAAUGAUUCCUUAAGCAACAGCCCUGGUCCUGCCAGUCCUGGUGUUACAAACAUCAUGGAAAAAACUUUGGAUAGCCUCCAUUCUAAUGACAGACUACAUUCACCUGAAGUCAGUUCAAAAUUAACCAGAAAAGAAUCCUAUAAGGCUCAAAGAAAGAACUAUCGAAGAGAAAAGAAACGCGUCACAAAUGAACUAUUGAACUCUUUAAAUCCUUCUGUUGUAGUGCUAGCUGACUGGCUUAAAAUAAGAGGGACCCUAAAAUCAUGGACAAAAUUGUGGUGUGUCCUGAAGCCAGGUCUGCUAGUUUUGUACAAAAGUCCGAAGGCCAAGAGUAGCCACUGGGUAGGUACAAUACUGUUGAAUUCCUGUAAAGUUAUCGAGAGGCCAAGUAAGAAAGAUGGUUUCUGCUUCAAACUGUACAAUCCAUUGGAUCAGUCCAUUUGGGCUCCUCGUGGUCCGGAAAAUGAGACCAUAGGUGCUGUUGUGCAACCUUUGCCUAGUUCCUAUUCAAUAUUCAGGGCUUCGUCUCAAGCUUCGGGGGUGUGCUGGCUGGAUGCGUUGGAAAUUUCAAUACGUAAUGAUUCGGCACUGGUCAGAUCCGUUAGUAAUAAAUCGGGGUCGGGCAGCACUAACCACGAAACCCAGUGGUCUGAAGCUGAUUACGAAAGGCACUUCGAUCACGAUUUGGAUGAUAUAAGUCAACCGGAUAAUGGUGCACAACUCAGUACAGGUGAAAUAACUGAUUCUGACUCAGAAAUAUCGGUUAAGGAAGAUGAAAUCGACGAGGAUCCUGUGGAGACUCCUUACGUUUCAAAUAUGGAAGAGGAAUUUGGAGAAAUGGGUGCCCAGGUUGAAGAAUUGGCUGAAGAACACAAAUCACUCAUAUGGUAUUUGGUGAAGCAAGUCAGGCCUGGAAUGGAUUUAAGUAAAGUAGUCUUGCCAACAUUUAUUUUGGAACCUAGAUCGUUUUUAGAUAAACUUUCUGAUUCUUAUUAUCAUGUAGAUAUUCUUAGUAGUGCUGUCUUAGAAGAUGAUGCUUUUACAAGAAUGAAGACUGUUGUAAAAUGGUACUUGUCAGGGCUGUAUAAAAAACCGAGAGGUUUAAAGAAGCCAUACAAUCCUAUAUUAGGAGAAACAUUUCGUUGCUAUUGGUUGCAUCCAAACGGCUCGAAAACAUUUUACCUUGCAGAACAAGUUUCACACCAUCCGCCAGUGUCUGCAUUUUACGUAACGAAUCGUCAAGACGGAUUUUCUAUUAGUGCGAGCAUACUGGCGAGAUCCAAGUUUUAUGGGAAUUCCACGUCAGCUAUUUUGGAUGGCACCGCCGUCUUAUCUUUACUUCCUAGAGGUGAAGAUUAUCGGUUAACGGUUCCAUACGCACAUUGUAAAGGUAUUUUAAUGGGUACAUUAACUAUGGAACUUGGCGGGAAAGUUUCCAUAGAUUGCGAAAAAACUGGAUAUUAUACUGAAAUAGAAUUUAAAUUAAAGACAUUUUUGGGUGGCCCAGAACAAACAAAUUGUAUAUCUGGUAGGCUGAAACUGGGCAAGGAAACCCUUGCGACCAUCGAAGGCUACUGGGAUGGAACUAUUUACAUAAAAGACAAACGAACCGGUGAACAACAAGUAUUGUUCAAUUCAACAUCACAAAUAAGAAAAAGCAGACUUACUAGGUAUACAGUUCCUUUAGAUAGGCAAGAAGAGUUCGAGUCUGAAAGACUAUGGCAACACGUAUCCGCAGCAAUUCUGAGAGACGAUAUGAAUGCUGCAACUGAAGAAAAGACAAUUCUAGAAGAGGCUCAAAGAGCACGUUCUAAGGAAAGGAAAGCAAAAUGUGAGGAGUGGAUCCCAGUUCAUUUUCAACAAGACCUGAAAAGUGGUCAGUGGGUGUAUAAACAUUCCGAUUUAAGACCUUGGGACCCACGAAAUGAUUUAUAUCAAUAUGAGUACAAUUAUGUCAUAGGAACCAGAACCAAACAUCCUACUCCUAUGAUAAGAACUGCUAGCAUAAUUAGCGUUGAACCCAACACGGUUGAAACAAGGUCAUCAACACUAAAAGUGUCUAAAAGGAAAAUGGCCCCAAAGCAAGUGUCUUCUGAUGCUGACGUUAAUGAUAGUGCCACUACAUCGGAAGAGUUUCAUUCAGAUUCAACACAAUCUGUUAAAAAAGUACCUCUGACUACAACAAAUUCUGGAAUAAUGUUGGCUAUCCAUGAUUUGGAAACUAGUCUCAAAGAACACGGAGAUAAGAUUACUCAGCUUCAGUUGAAAAUCCAUAAAAUGGUAGAGAGCAACAACAAUUCAAAUGUCCUUAAUAACAUAAAUUUAAUUAUGUUGAUAAUUUUUUGUAUAGGCGUUUUUCAAGCUCUCUUGUUUUAUAUUUUUUAAAAUGUUUUAUUUUGUAUGUACAUUGGAAAAAUUUUGUAACUUUUAAAUGGUAGUUGGUACCAUCUUUAUUUUUAAUAUUUUGUGCAAUUUUUUUGUGAUAAAUGAAACUUAUGAAAGGGUGAGGCAUGAAAAUAGAAUAAUGAUUCAACUGUUUUUAACACAUAAAAUAUUUAUUUAAAAGUAAUAAUUCAUGUGCCUUUAAAUAGGCUUCAUCACGUUAUCUAUAUAACUACUGAAAUAUGUGAUAUUGCCAUAUGAGAGUCCUUUUAUUAAAAUAUGACAUUCAAAGUUUUCGAUCAAGUACAACUGCGUAGGAAAUAAGAUAAUUAUCAGCGCUUAAUAGAUUUCCAACUGCUUUGAUUAAUUCUCAAUAUUAUUUUCAGGUAAAAAUAUAUAAUAAUACUGUUAAUAAUACACAUUAUCAUAUGUAUCGCAGGAGUGAUAAGAUUUUAAAAAAUUUUUACUUUACAGGUAAAAUAUAUACAGGGUUAUUCAAAUCAUCGUUUAGUAUUUCACAAAAUACAUUUAUAAUUUCUUUAUAUGCACGGUAAUGGGACAUUAAUAAUACAGAUUAUCAAUAAUAUCUACGACCGAGGAAUUAACAACAUUUUAGUAAUACAAGCUUCAUAAAAUCUCAGCAUUGUUCAUCAAAAAUUACUUUUAAAUAUAAUUUAAAUUGGAUAGUGUUGUGUAAAAGAUUUGAAAUUUGAAAAAAAGGAAUUAAAAUAAACAAUACUUAUAUUAAUUGAUAUAAUUGUAUCGAUAUUUAUUUCACCUAAUAUCUGAUGAAUCAACCUGUAUAUAAGUAUUUAAAAUAAACAUAUUUUUUGUAUAAUUUAAAUAUAUUCAUGGUUUUUGUUGGAUUCAUUAAAUAAAUUUAUUUAUACAUUUUAUUUUACAUGCUUAUUUAAACAUAAACUUUACUUAAUAUUUAUAUUAUUAAUAUUUCUACACCCUAUUUUCAUUACAGUACUCAAAAUUAAAGAGAGAUAUUAAAAUCUACAAAAAAUAAAGGGAGCGGAUGUAUCGUUAUAUAUAGAAUUUUUUACAUAAGCACUAUACUCUUAAUAGAUCCUUAGUAAUGCAUGAUAUUUAUGAAAUAAUAUAUACAAUCAUUAAUACAAAAUAAUACCUCUGUUUUCCAAUUACUCAACACUAAUUGCUUAAUAUAUUAAAAUGACAUGGU